AUGGAGUUCGACGAAUACGAGUACCUGGAGAAGACGGUGGAGGAAGGAGAUGGAUCGAUUAAGAAGGAGGAAGAGAGCGGUAACGAGAAGAGCGAUAGGAGUUACAGAAAGAGAGAAGGAGGAGAGAGGCAUGACGAAGAAGACGGUGGCGAAGGGAGAGGGAGUAGUCGGAGUAAGAAGUCUCGUGGAGACGGAGAAGAGAACGGCUCAGGUAAGAGAGAUCGGGAUAAGGAGAGGCAUAGGAGCAGCCGAGAUAGUAACAGAGACCGUGAGAAAGAUAAGGAUAGAGAGAGAGAUAAGGUUAGAGAAGGGUCGAGAGAUCGUGAGAGGAGUAGCAAGGAGAGAGACAGGAGCGAUAGGGAGAAAAGCAGAGACAGAGAGAGAAGAGAGAGGGAGAAGGAGAGAGAGAGGGAGAGGAGAAGCAGCAGUAGAUCUCGAAGGGAAGAGAGGGAACGUGAAGUAGUCGAAAGAGGAAGCAGGAGACACAAGGACAAGAAAGAUGAACCUGAAGCAGAUCCAGAGAGAGACCAAAGAACUGUUUUUGCAUAUCAGAUGCCUCUUAAAGCUUCAGAGAGAGAUGUUUAUGAGUUCUUCUCCAAAGCCGGCAAGGUGAGGGACGUGCGGUUGAUCAUGGACAGAAAUUCAAGACGAUCAAAAGGAGUCGGGUAUAUUGAGUUCUAUGAUGUGAUGUCAGUUCCAAUGGCCAUCGCUCUGUCUGGACAGCUGUUUCUUGGACAACCUGUGAUGGUGAAGCCCUCAGAAGCUGAGAAGAAUUUGGCUCAAUCUAAUACCACUACGGGCGGUGUAGGUGGUACUGGCCCUGCUGAUAGGAAGCUGUAUGUGGGGAACUUGCAUUUCAACAUGACAGAGUUGCAGCUUAGACAGCUUUUUGAGCCGUUUGGUCCCGUUGAGGUUGUUCAGCUACCACUUGAGCCUGGAACUGGGCAGUGCAAAGGUUUUGGAUUUAUCCAGUUUGCCCAACUUGAACAUUCAAAGGCAGCGCAAAUUGCCUUAAAUGGAAAACUGGAGAUUGCUGGUAGGACGAUCAAGGUUUCCUCUGUCUCUGAUCAUAAUGGUACACAAGACUCUAAUCCAAAGUCUGCUGAUUUUGAUGAUGAUGAUGGAGGUGGACUGGCUUUAAAUGCACAAGCGAGGCAUCAGCUGAUGCAGAAGCUGGAUCGUACGGGUAUCGCAACGAGCAUUGUCAGCUCCCUUGGAGUCCCAGCGCUAAAUGGAACAGCUUUGAAUCAAUCAGGCAUGAAUCCUGGUUUUCCCACAUCAGUGCUUCCGACAACAGCAAUCCCUGCUUUUGUAGCCGAGCCUGUUGGUCAGCCUAGUGAAUGUCUUCUACUGAAGAACAUGUUUGAUCCUGCAACUGAGACGGAACCGGAUUUCGAAAUUGAUAUCAAAGAAGACGUUCAGGAAGAAUGCUCAAAAUAUGGGAGAGUCAAUCAUAUUUAUGUAGACAAGAACAGCGCGGGUUUUGUGUAUCUGCGGUUUGAAUCGGUGCAGGCUGCAGCUGCGGCUCAAAGAGCAAUGCAUAUGAGAUGGUUUGCACAGAAGAUGAUAUCUGCAAUUUUCAUGCCUCUACAUGAAUAUGAAGCCAGAGCCAAGGCGUGA